AUGGCGGACAGCGAGAACCCCAAUGCCUUCGAUUUACCCCUUCCUAGUCAGUCUGGCGUGGAUGAGGUCAGCAGGGAAGUUCAACCCAACGAUAGACAGGUUAUGGGCGCCCAAAUCGCUGAUGCGAGAACUCCGCUGUUACUCAACGGCACGUAUGGGGCCGUUCAGUCUGCAGGGCCCAUGUCUAUGGACGACGAGGUUCAAGUACCGGUGUCGAGGCUGGAAACGCAAGCUGGCGGUGAGUCUGAAAGGACUGUGACUGGUGGAGAGACAGGAGUUGGAACACUUAGGGCUGCUGCAGGACGUGUCAUGGCGAACGUGGCUGCAAAGAUGCAAGGAGUGUUGCCGCCUGGCAAACCUAGCGCCGCGCAAAGCUUCCUUUCUCGGGAGGAUACAGGCUCAGCUGGAACACAGGGAACUGGAUACGUCACGGCGGGUUCAGUGCAACAAGGAGAGCAGUCCGGCUCGGAGGCGCGGGUCGCUUCCGGAGGCGGGUUGUUCUCCCCUCAACAGGCGCGACGUCUUCAGGAGAUGGAAACCGAAGCCCCGCCGUCUAUGCAGAUGGAAAUCGAGAAGAUCAGCAUCAAGUUGAGGGAUCAAGUUCGCCAGCUCCGCAAUUACCUCAUUCUGCGAGCUCAGAGUCAGGAGCGAACAGCUCGAUCCUCAGGGGAUUCCGACUCCUGUCCCGUCUGCACCAGGUUUACCUACAGUGCCUCCUGCGUCUCGAGUGGCGCAGGGAGUGAGUGCUGGCAGACCGUGCUUGCCGAAGCACAAGAAUGGUACAACAACAAGUUUGUUCCCGCUACUCCAAUAGCCAGGGUUCGACUGAAGAUUCCGGAGUCCAGUAUUGACCGGGAUCCAAGAUGGUCAAGGGUGCGACACAGGAUGGAGCAUCUGAUCAUCCAGUGCUGCCCAGAGGGUGUCCGAACGGAGUUGUCGUCGGCGAGAGUGUGUGGGGUGAUGAACCUGUUGUGCCGUUUGUACAUCAUCUACAAGCCGGGUGGUGUUGCAGAGAGGGCUGAGGCUUUGAGGCAGGUACAGCACCCGCGCCCCGCUGACUCUGCGAUUGACGCCGUCCUCAGGUUGAGAACUUGGAAGCGUUGGAUGACGAGGUUGUCGGACCUAGGAGGUGCGCAGCCCGACGCAGCGCUGAGCAUUCAGGCUCUAGAAAACAUCACGAGUAACGUGCUGAAGUCGCUGCCAAGUCUUGCCUUCCGUAUAAACUUGGUGCGAGCAUCUCUGCACUUGGACACCCAGCCCACAGUUGGUAAGGUUGGGGAAUACUACGAGCAUCUUCUUGUUGAACUCGAAGCUGUGUCAAGGGUUGCAGAGGGCUCGUCAGGUGGAUCAGGAGCCAACAAGCCGGAGACCACAAAGGGUGUCCGCCAGGUUGAUGCUAGAUCACCCAACGGAGGAGAAGCAACUACCCCGUCAGCUAAGGACAACAGAGCGGCCAAGGCUCCAGGUGCAGCCCCUACGUCAGAGUCUCCAAAGAGGUUGUGCAAAUGGUUCCAUGAGGGGAAAGGUUGCAGGCGAGGCAAAGAUUGCAGGUUCCUUCAUGACUGGAGCCAGAUCCCAAAGCCUGAAAGGGCCGAUCGAUGUAUGAUGUGCGGAGGAAAGGGACAUCGAAAAGAUGCAUGCCCAGUCAGUCAAGGGAACUCUCAAGCAAAGCGCGAUGACGGCGCUAGCUCUGCAAAGGCCAUGCGAGGUGAACCCAGCCCAAAGGCUAAGGGCAAUGACCCAGGUCUGCGAAAGGUGCUGUCGGAUGCCGCAGGUGUCCUGCGUGAGGCCUUGUCUGGAGCAGUACCACAAGGUGAGUUUUCGGCGGCAUCUACCACAGGUUCUGGAGCAUCACCAGGCACCGGUGAGGUUGGUCAGGGCACAGGUUCAGAGCAACCCCCUAUGGCAGCUGCAGCCAAGAUCCAGGCCCAGCUUGAGGAUUUGGAGGCUAGGGUUUUGGAUGGUGGCGCUAGGGUUAGAGCAGUGAACAUAAAGCCGCAGCUCGAGCAUGAAGGUCCCACCGCACUUCUGGACUCAGGAGCCACGCAUGCAGUGUUGGAUGAUGCAUCAGUUGAAAAAGAGAACUUGGUGCCUUGCACGGUGUCGUUGGCCGGUGAUCAACGUCAGACAUGGCGUCAGACGCCGGGGGGUUCCCUGGUAGCACCAGCCACAGAAGAGGGCCAUGCCCCGCAGACAAUCUUGCCACUGGGAUGCCUAGUUGACAAGUUGGGGUGCUCAGUGCGGUGGUCCAAGAAGGGCGGCCUACAGCUAGUUCAUCCUCGGUUGGGGCGCUUGCGAACCAGCUUGAAGAGCGGAUGCCCUCAGUUGAGCAAGGAACAGGCUCUCGUGUUGGUCAAGGAGCUGGAAGGCGUGAGGCUAGGGGAGCUGUCAGGUCGUUUGAAGAAGGUCAAGGCGCACCUUAAGGCGGCCGAAGGUUUGCAAGUGGACAAGGUAUUGGAUGACUUUGUUAGCUCUGGCAGCUAUGAGUCUUCUGUGGCCUUAGUGAAGGUGUGUCCCUUUGCGAAAAACACCCCAAGCCGUAUCGUUAAUCAGUUGGCUGUGGACCUCCAGAAUGCUUCGGGUUGGGAGCUUCUAAAGGGUCUUCCCUUCAACAGGCGCAUCCGCAAGAGGCUUCAUGAGUCAAGGUCAUGGGUUUUGCAUCUGGGUGCAGGAGUUGUCGACCCUGUGUUGCGGCAGCUCUGCAGGGAACGAGGACUUGAGUUGGUCGUCAUCUCAACCAGCGACUCAGAACGUCUUACCCCCGAUGUGUGGAAGGCCGUAGCAUGGGCAUCAUUCACAGGACGAGUCAAUGGUGUAGUGGCAGAAGCAACAAUGCGCACUUGGAGUGGUGUUAAAGAUGAAGGUAACACUGUUCAUGCCCGCGACGAAAGGGACUUUUGGGGCAAGCCGUCGAACGACGCAGGUUUGCAAGCAAAGGUGGACAGCGAUUCGCUAAUCGCUUUGCAGCCCAUGUGGUUGUGGACUUUGGCCUCCAUUGCACAAGGUGAAGGUGUUCCCUUUUGCCAAACCUUUAGUGAGCAUGCCUCUGAAGCAACCCAGUCGUGGCUGGACCGAGUGGCCAAGCCAUUUGCUCAGUGGAGCAACUGCAGUCAGUUCCAUGUAGCUGAGGUCAAGGAGGCAACCUUCAAUAGUCGGCCUAUGACAGUAGUCUCUAACCUGGGUUUCCCGUCUGACGGUAUCAGGUCAGUGCAACCAGCCACAACUAAGGACACAGGUUCGAGGCACUCUGUUUGGCCCUCGGCGUUUCGCCGGGAGGUGAGCCUAGCUUUGUUUGGAUGUGCGACUGCCCAGCUGAAUCAGGAUUCUGAGGUAGUUGUUGAAGACCAUACCAAUUCCGAUGGUCAACCAGGGUGUGAGGACUUGGAACAACCCGUUGCUUGCGCAGUGAAUUCACCCAGCAAGGUGGAUAAGUCAAGUGAAGGCGCAGGGUCCACAGGUACAGGUCUGCCCGAGGUUGAGCCCAGGGUUUUGGAGGAAGUCAAGGGAGAUGCCAGUGGGGCUCAGGAGGAGCCAGUGCCCAAGAGAGCCAAACUCAGCGACAAGGAGCGUCAGCGGUGGAGAAGGCAUAUUGCUGCACACCACAUACCAUUCAGAAAGGACUGUCUUCAGUGUGUCAUGUCGGGGGCAUUGGGAGUGCAGCACAGGCGUGUCAAGUGUCCCCAGAUGUUUGCACUUGCAUUCGAUCUGGCAGGGCCGUUCAAAGAAAAAGGGCGCGAUGACAAAGGCAGUGGCUACAAAUAUGCUCUCGUGGCAGGUCUUCGUGUCCCCGAGCUAGCCCUUCCGCUGAGGGAAGGAAGAGAGGUGACGAAACAUCAUCGGAACACUCCCGUGAAACCUUUGCCGACUCCGUUGCCUGCUGGCCAAACUGUGGUACCGCCGGAUGAUGAUGCAAGUUCAGAAGCCAGCUGGCUCAAAGCAGACUUGGAGCCUACCAGGACAGUCAACAAAGUCGACGGCGAGACUUCUGAGUCUGAGGAGGAGCAGGGUUCUGAGCCUGGGUGGUUUGAGGUCCCCGAUGUUGAUGGGAUAGUGGAUGGUGUUCCAGAUGAGAAUGGUGCCGAAGCAGGAGGUGCUAGUCUUGAUGGAGAUGAUAGUCUGCCGCAACCCUCACAGGAAGGUGAUCCCUGGGAUGAUCAACAAGGGGUGGAAAACUUGACCGAUGAGGCCUUCGAUGAAGAGCUGUCUAAGAUGGUUUUUUCGGGGGCCAACCAAACGUUGAGGUUUGUGGUGCCUUUGAAGUCGCGACAGGGUCCGCAGAUCCUUGCAGGUUUGCAGGAGGUGGUCACAGAGUGCAACAGGCUAGGAUAUCCAGUGAAGGUGGCUCACACCGACCGAGCAAAGGAGCUGAUGUCCAAGGCUACCAUGGAUUGGUUGCAAGCAAAGCUUAUCCAGCCAUCAUUCACCCAGGGUGAUGAUCCCAAGUCGAAUGGACUUGCUGAACGCCUGGUGGGCUGGGUUAAAGCUAGGGCAAGGUGUGUGGAGGACCUAGUGGAUCCAGAAGCUGAGUUUGAAGACGACAGUGCCCUUCAGGCCGAACCUGUUGAUGACGAGCCUUCGGACCUCAUCGAGUCACAAGCCUACAACCCGGAUGACUGUGGACGGCUGCUUGAGUUGGCCUUUGGAAAUACUGUGGGCCUCCGCGGGAUCACCCGAGCCAGCGCUGCACAUCCCAGUUCCAAGAACUAUGCCGUGCAAGUGUCCACUCGACAAAUGUGGCUUGAAGCGCAAGCUCAGGAGGAGACAGGUCGCACAGGCAUGAGUGUCAGGUAUGCAAGAAUGACAGGCCAGGAAUGGGCUGACUUGUGUGAGCUGGAUGAGGAGGAUUUUGAGAGGGGUUUUUCGCGUUGGCAAAGGGUGUUGGGGGGCCAUGAUGAGGAUCCAGCUGUGGAUCCAUUGUCCGCAUCCAUUCCCCAUCACCUGUUCAUGGCCACGGUGUUUCAGCAGAGGAACUGGAGCAGGGACCCGGAGUUGUAUCUCCCAACGGCUGAUGGGCUGCGCCUGUUAGCUUACGUGUAUGAGUUUUCGGACGACGGUUAUGUGGAUGACUCCCCUUUCCCAGACAGAAUGCUGAUGUUUUCAAUCCGCGACAUGAUCAGAGAUGUCGUGGAAAUGGUGAUCCUCAGGGUUGAGCUAAUCCAUGAGCCGGUACCUCAGGAGGAGAUGCAAGAUCCUGUUUUGCGUGCUCCUGGCCCAGGGCCACCGGAGGUGAGGGCAAUCACAGGUCCUACAAGCAGGUCAGGUGAGGUGAUUCCCAAUGACGAGGUUCCCAGGCUUCCGUUCCCUCUUCCCAAUCCGACUUUCAUCAAGUAUCGUGCUGACUCGGUGCGUGACAACCCAGCAGACAAUGCGGCUGUGUUCAAGACCGAGGCAACAACAACGCAAAACCUUGAAGGACUUUUGAGCAGUUUGUCAGAACCCCUGAGUGUGACGCACACAGCAUCACAAGAAGAGGUCAGAUCCCAUCUGGAUCGAUGGCGCCCGGCCAUUGAGAAAGAACUUAAGUCGUUGAAAGGGCAAGGGGUGUUGGUGAGCCACUUCGGGAAGGAGGCAAAGGCGAUGAUGGCCAAUCCCGAUACUUCCGUAAUUUCCUUGAAGGGUGUGUUUACGGCAAAGGCCACGCACGUAGAUGCAGAUUCCCUGUAUGCAGCGGGAGCUCCAGCAGAGCUGGUGCGGGCAGCACUUGCGCUGGCCUCAAGGUAUCUACUACGCCCACCCCGGUGGCUGGUAGAUUUAGGACUGGCCCAAGCGGAUGAGUACUACUCACUGGGUAUGGUGUUGUAUGGCUUCAAAGAAGCACCAGCUUGGUGGUCAGAUCACAGACAUGCUCGGCUCACUACAGCGGAAUUUCUGGGCUGUCAUUUGGAGCAGGGCAGAUCCGAUCCAUCCAUCUGGAGAAUCAUGAAGGGAUCUACUUUGCAGGGCUAUCUGGUGACCUAUGUCGACGACUUCCUCAUCCUCAGUGAUCGUAAAACAGCCGGGGCCUUGCAUCAGUGGUUGCUGGAUGUGGCAGGUUGGGAGACAGAUGGGCUGAGUGAGGCUUCCCCGGGAGUCCCAGUGAGAUUCUUGGGAAUGCAGCUGCAUGGUUAUGAGGAUGGCCAUUUCAGCCUUGACCAGGAGGCUUAUGUGGAUGAGUUGGUGAGGGCGUAUGGGUUGAAGGAAGGUGACAAGUCGAGGAUCGUGUGCCCAAGGGAGCUCUUGAUGAACGAGGGGGCCGAGAUUCAGCCGUUCGAUGAGGCUACUACUCGGGCGGCCCAGAAGGUUGCCGGCGAAUGUCUGUGGCUUGCGCAACGAAGCCGCAUCGACAUUUGUUUCGCCACGACCGUUCUCUGCUCGCGAGUUUCGAAGGACCCACAUGGGGCUUUGGCAAUUGGGCGGCGCAUCCUCUGCUACCUUCACUACUCCAAAGACUUUCGUCUUCAUCUACUUCCAGAUGACAGUGACAGCAUUCGUUUGGAGGUACGGGGGUUCAAGAUCAAGCAGUUGAUGCAGUCUGGUUGGACGGUGAAGCAUUGUCCUGGGCAGUGGCAGAAGGCGGACCUGUUGACAAAGGUGCUGUCAUCGGUUCGAUCGCGGAAGAGGAAGAAGAAGGAUCGGCGAGGAUCAGGUGUUCCGAUUGAGUGGCCAUGGGAACUUGCAGCUCUCACCCUCCUCGUGGUGUUGUCAACCCUGUUUGUUUGGGAAGCAAGUGGUGCUCCUUGCCGAAGAAGGAACGAUGAAGGUCCCAAGAUUCGUGCAGUAACCACUCAAAGGCAGGAGAGAAGGAACAGGCAGCUACAGGAGCGUGUCGCUGCGGCCAUCGACAGUGCCCUCAGUGAGAGCCCUACAGGUGAUGAAGGGGUAACCAGAAGACGAAAGGGCAAGAACAAAUGCCUGCCAGAGUACCACUAUGAGUGCGAUGCAUCGGCUGGGAGCAGUCCUACGGUCGUUUACGGCGAUCUGAACAUGCAUGUGCCAGUUGCAGGUGAUGUUGGGCGUGCUCCGGCCACGUAUGCAUUGCAGCCUGCGGACUUUGUUGGAGGGGUACCAAGUCCUGUCACCCGCAGCACAAGUAGCACAACGGCAGUUUCUCAGGCCACGCAGACAGAUCCUGUGGUUGUGUUAGAUCCUGGAGAGUAUGUCUACAUUUCUGGAAGGGGUGAUUGUGUUCACAGGGAUCAAGAGUGCCGUGGUCUUAGGAGAGCCGGUGUUGUCAAUGCCAAGGCAGUUUGCCAGUACUGUCUAAAGGGCAGAAACUUUUGA